CUGCUUCAAGGAGGAAGUCCGAAGAAAGCCAAAGAGGAGGUCCUCCAGGAGGCAAGAGGGGAGAGCAAAGGAGACAGCUCUGUGCCACAAAGAAGGUUCAAAUACUCCUCUGCUUCAUACUGCCUCAGUGACGUUAGCCGCUCUUGUGGAACGUCUUGAAUGUUGCAGUCUGCAAAGGGCUGAACAAGAGUGCUGCCACUACAAGAGACAAGAGUGACAAGUGACACGCGAGGAGGCUGUUUGCAUUGCUGAGUGCUUGAACGCUUUGAGACGCUCUUGAGCAAGGAGGCUUGAAACCCAGGAGGAGGGGCUGUCAGGGAAGGUGGUGAACAGCGAAGAUGGAUACCCCAACAAUGCAAAGGCUGACCAGAAGCAGGGCACGCUCUCAGCCAAACACUGCCGAGAAGCCCUUCACUUCCCAGGCAAAGUCCAAGAAGAAGGCAGAUGCUCCAGCAGACAGCAAAGAGCGCGCCCCGUUCUGCGACCUGACCAACAGCAAUUCCCCAAUUGCCGGGAUCGUGCCUGGCAAGCUGCAAACUCAGAGCCGUCUGAAGCGCACCCCUGCCAAGUCAGGGCCCGGCUCGCCACAACAGGAUGGAGAAGAGGUGCUUCGGUCUCAGGUGCGCGCUCUACUGGAGAAGCAGCCCGAGCUCGCCCCUCUCCCGCUGCUCGAGCUCCCCUCCGACGACGCGCCCUCCGUGUACAGCCCCUGCUCCGCCACCAAGAAGGCCCCCACGCCAGCAAACACUCCUGUGACGUCAUCUUCCUCAGAGAUUGAGGUGGCGCUCGGAGGCAGCGUGAACAAGGGCUUGCAGGAGAGCGCGGGGCGGCUGCUGGCGGCGGCGAUCGAGAAGCUGGAGACAGAGCAUGCAGCGGAAGAGACCGACGACGAGGGCUCCCCGCCCCCCACCUCGCACAGCAUCACCCGGGCGCUCCGUUUUGAUGCGGAUAGUGAUCCGGACAGCCCCACCGCGCUGCUCGUCCGCACCCCGGUCGUCCCGAGCAGGCGCCUCAAGUCCGUGGUCGUGGUGCCAUCUCCAGAGGAGGGAUCCGCAAACGAUGCUGCUGAGGAUGCGGACGUUUGGUCGCCGCUGCUGAAUUCGAACAGCCCGGCAUCUGGCGUCCAGCAGCACCAGCUGCAGUGGUCCAUGGAAGUCAACGUCAGCAGCCCCGAGCGGUACGUACCGGGCGGUGACACGGAUGGGUACGGACCGGACGCCGAUUCCGACGCUGAGCGAAAGGAGGGCCCGUCCGGGCCGAAGGAGGAAGCGCCGUCUCAAGUCUCGACCAUCCCCCUGAUGAAGCUCCCGCUGGCCCUCGGCGUCUUCAGCCCCGUCCCCGCGCCACGUGUCGCAUGGCGGCGCCACGCCGCGGCCGCCGGCAAGCCCUCGCUGUUCGAAGACCUUCCCACGGUCGUGCUGGAGGACGCUGGCCCGAAGAAAGCGCUAGGGGUUCCGCCGCUGUCGCCCAAGCUGGCGGCGGGCAAGCGGGUUGUGGGGGCGACGCUGCCGCUGCUGAGGAGGGCGCUGCACAACGAGUCGGCCAAGAAGCAAAAGGAGAAGAAGCCCUCCCCUGCAAAGGCCGCCGCGGGUUCCGCGCCUGCCGCCCCGCAAGAGUUCCCCGUUCCGGCCUGGUACUCCACCGGAUCGCCCCCGCCGGAAUCGCCCACCAAGGAGACUGCGCUCGACUCGGAGUCCCUCGACGUCAUCUGUGACGUCAUGGAGUCGCUGCAAGUCGCAGACGGGCCUGUUGUUCUGCGCGGGCUGCCGGCGCACGAGGGCUCGCACGUGAGGUUCGACUCGGACGGCGAGGUGGAAGAGGAAGAAGAGGGGAAACUGCGGGGCCUGCCCGCGCCGAAGGGCAUGCACACCCGCUUUGAGUAGAGCGCGGAGCGAGGGUGUGAAUACGCUCAGCGGCUAUGUUGAGAAGUCGAGAGGGCAGGUUGUUGUGGGAGAGAGUAGAAUGAUGAUUUGAAGGUAUAUGCGCCGCAGUAGGUGGACAGGGCAAGCUGGUACUAGUUGGAAGCGGAACGGAGCGAGCCCAUCAUGCCUUGUGACGGAACUCGUAACUUUAGAGCAGAUGGGGGUGAUAUGCACGCGGGAUUACCAAUGGGCAGGGUGAUUCGUCCCUGUGAGAGCUGAAGCUUGUAGGCUAAACAAAGUUCCGCGUACAGCAAGCACCGUUAUCUUAUGGGGCCUAGUGUAGCUUGUUUGAGCUAUCUGGAUUCUUGGUUUUCAUAUUUACAACUUUCAGCUAGUGUCUAGGCUCCACCGACUCGCUUGCUACUUGCGGAUUAGACAAUCUGCGUCAAAGGUGCGUACUUACUGAAUUCCGAAGAAGAUUCUUAAAUUCUGCAGCGUUCUAAGCGCCUGUCAAUCUUUAGAAGUUGCAGCAAGCUAGAUUGUCUUAUCCGCAAGCAGACGGUUGCGUUAGCUUAUCUUCAAUUUGAAAAUAUCAAGCAGCAUGCUAGUAGCUUGGACGGCUUGUACUUGGCACGUGUUCAGUGAGCGGGCGGCAAAACAAUCGUGCAGACGGAUCCAUUGACCGG